AUGUCUUCCGUUGCUUCGGUUCAAUACUUGGUUAACUGCAUACUCGAGCAGUGCGACUUCAAGUUUAUGACCAUGACCUUGUUUAACGAGAACGAAUUCUGGAUCUCGGCUAUUGAAAGAGUCGCCGGAGGAUGGGAAGAGGCCAUUCCUCCAUACCACUUCAUCCGUCUAGUCAAGGCCAUCCUGACAGCGCGCUACAACCACAUCGAGGCCCACGGGUUUCAGCUCCCGGACGGUGACGUCGCUUGUAGCGCCGACAUUCUACUCUUCAACUUUCUCCUCUAUUCAAUUGAUCACCAGACGGUGUCUGGGAUCCCGAGGGUCCCUGUGCCCGGCUGGGACACAGACACCAUCGAGUAUCGCCUUGCCUGUAGCCGUCUCCACAAGGCUCAGCGUUGGGCUCGAGUGCAUGGCUCGACCCUGCGCUCUGAUCCUGCGGUGUUUGAUGAGUUGGCCGCUAUGAUUCUAACUCGUGGUCCGCCCACCAAGACUCUCCAGUCGCUUCAGGAGGAGUAUGAGGACUGGCGGGGAUGA